GUAAUGCAUUAUGCUAGGGCUUAUGGGUUAUAAUUGAUGAUAGCAUAUCGUUAAUAAAAGUUUUUGUUAAAAAAAGCCUGUCUAUUUUAAGAUGCUCAGCUCAGUGACAUGAUAGGUACUUUUUGAUAACUUUGGGAUGAAGUGAAUUAUGAAUGAUACCACGGAAUGUAAGCACCUUGUUGAUGGGUGGUUACACAAUAUCCCGAGUUGACCCGUUGGGAAUAUAAGUUGUAGGUACUCGAAGGAGUUCUAUAAUUAUUAAGAACUAGACUUCCUUAGGAGCUAUUAUGAGUUCUGUCCUCAUAGACUCCUUGUCCCUUUAUAAGAGAUACUAUGAUUUAGUAUAACUACAUGUUAUGAUGUUCUGAAUAAAGCCUCAUAAAUCUCAAGGUCAUCUGCCCUGCUGCCUCAACACUUAUAGGAGGAUUAAUAUAAAUAUCACACCACGUGCGGGGAUGACAUGCAUUAAGUGCUUUCAGCUGAGGCCUUUGCUACUAGUCUAACAUUGAACAAAAAUGAUGUAUCGUCUAUUCUCGUCUCCCAACCAAGUACACCUCCUACAAAAGUCCGCCGCUAUUCUACUUUGAGAUGCUCUAUCGUCUUAUACUACCGAAGAUACUACCGAAGCAUGGGCCAUGAGGCGUUGGGAAUUUCCUUACGUGGCGUAAACGUGAAUUAAUCCCCGUGCUUAGAUUUAGAUCUCAGGUAUAAGUAAUAAAACUCCGAAGAUCCCUCGGAGAAAUGACUUUAACAUUCGAUUCCCUCCUGCAGUUAGGCCCUUACGGUAUGGAGCAUCGCGCAGCUGACUCUUUGUCGUUUGCUUAUCCCUUUCGUCCCACGCCCAAGGACACCGAGGAGGUGCGCUCUAUUCUAGAACAUAAAGUACCGCCAGAACUUGCCAUCCAGAUAGUCUCCGUCGGGUACAACCCGUGGCUUGUGAAACGGAAAGUCCACGAGCAGGAGUACUACGCCGACUACACGAAACCUGACGCGGAACACUGUGUUGCGGGCUUAUAUCUUACUACCGAGUGCAUUCCCAACGACGGACGCAGAGCCAUUCCACAACGCAUCAUCUUCCAGACGAGCGCGGCGUAUCAAGGAUAUAUAGCUCACGAUGGAAAGGAUGGCUUCCUCAACAGUCACACGCGGUUCGACGCUAGCAUUCUACGCCCUUUAUCUCCGAAAGUAGAGGGGAAGGGCCAAGAUACGCCUCUCGAAGACGUCCUCCUGGAUACCUGGUGGGAUCCUACGUCUGCCGCGGACGUUCUGAGGGAGAAAGGGUGGGACUUUGUGGCGGCAAAGGACGGGCGCAUUGAAUGGCGAGUGUGCAACAAUAGCGAGGCGUACAGCGAAUAUCAGGAUUAUAAGGUUGAAUGGAGAAGGGGCGUUCAGGCAGAGGCCGAGGACGAUGGGCCGGUAGGGGAAGGCGAGGGGUUUUUGGAGCUGUUAGAGCCGGGAUUCAUUGUCGUGCUUUGGGUUAGGACUGGAGUAAGUUCAAUUCAAUCCUGUAAUACGAUAUUGUUGCUAAGCUUGAUCGCUGACUUGAAUCACGUAUAGUUAAGAUGUUGGUGCAAUAAGGUUCGAGCAGCAACUAUUGAGAUUGAAUAUGAGCUACCGUAAGGGGCUGGCUUAUGGGUACAAUAAUCUUAUAAGACUGCUAAUUUUGAUAUUGUAUAGAGUGAUGCUAUUUUUAGAUUACCGUGACGGGCCUACAAUGUAAAUUACCCCAUAAAACGGGUAUACGCACUUAGCCACGAAAAUUACUAUAAAUUAACAC